AUUUUGGAUACCCAAAAUAAUUCGGUUCGGAUCGGAUUAGGUUUCAAUUAUUCAAAUACCAAAAUUUUGAAUAAUUCAGAUAUUUAAUCAAUUCUGGUUCGGAUUUAGUACUACUUAUUCGGAUUAAGAUCGGUUUGAAUCUUCGAAUUCAAGUUUUCUACUCAACCCUAAAUAGUGACAUAAGAAGCAAAUAUCAUCAUAUUUUUUUAAAAAAAAUAGAUCCGCACGGGCGUGCGGGACAAAAUCUAGUUUCUAUAUUAUGGUUAGGUGAUCAUAAUAUAUAUAUAUAUAUAUACUAAUUUACAUUAAAACGAAGCUAAUUAAAAAGAAGAAUCGUGGGGAGCAUUCGUUAAGCUUCUUACUAAGACUUCAUGCCCUCCAAAUCCUUGCAGUACUCUCCAAUGCCGGCAAGACUUAUUAAUUAAUAAAAUCCUGUUCUUUUAAUAAUAAACCGAACAUUAAAUUUUUUUGAUUUUCAACACGUAGAACUUCUAGUUCGUGAUCCUGUCUUAAGAUCCCGACAUUCACAGAAAAUCAUUGAACACGAGUAGCAUUGUCGUCGUUUUUAUAUACUUCUUACAAAAUUCUCUCCAACAUUGAUUCACCUCUACAUUUCCGAGUAAACCCUGGUUCUAGAGUUUCCUUGAAGCACAAGGAAAUAAAAAGUUUUGCGUAACUUAAGAGACGAUAGAGAUGAAAGAGAAGGAUCUUCUUUACCAUACAAUACUUGCUCGUAGCUUUAGCAAAAACGAGCAGAAGAGACUUGGCUAUGGAGCUUUCAUUGCCUCUCUUUUCUUCGUCUUCACUCUUUGCACCAUCUUUAAAUCGUAUCUCAACCUAUUACCAACCAUGGAUACGCAAUUAUCAGUGGACACUGGUCUAAGGAUGGUGAGAGUAACAGAAACGCAUAAAUCGCAAGCGUUUAACAGCAACUAUACAACAACAUCUGGAGCUUCUGAGUCUCUCAUUAGCCCGACGACUCAAAAUAACAUUACAUCAAAUGUUACAAAUACGCAGAGAUUAACCAGUUCUGAAGAUGACAAGCUAAGUGUUUGCAACGACACAAGCUUGCCCAAGAAUUAUCUUGAUUUGUUUAACUGUACUACACCCACUUCAAUCUCCAAUGAACAAUCUGCUUCAGACGGCAAUAAAAUGGAUGAAACGAUAAAGUGUAAGAAGCAAUCAAGAACAGAGAUAUGCGAGUUUAACGGCGACGUAAGGGUCCACGGUAAAUCCGCGACGAUUCUUUCCACAAUCACGUCUGCCUUUUCGGGGAAUUCCACGUGGCAAAUGAGACCUUACGCGCGAAAAGGUGACCUUGUGGCCAUGAAUCGCGUUAGAGAGUGGACAGUGAAGUUAAUACAAAACGCUGACCAUUUAGAGAACGCUAAUUUCUCAUCGCGAUGCGUUAGGAAUCACAGCGUUCCCGCGAUGAUUUUCUCUCUCGGAGGCUACACGAUGAACAACUUCCACGAUUUCACCGACGUCGUGGUCCCUCUUUUCACGACGGCGCGUAGGUUCAACGGAGAAGUUCAGUUCCUCGUGACGAACAAGAAUCAACCGUGGAUCAACAAAUUCAAGGAGAUUUUAAGGAGUCUCUCGAAUUACGAACUGAUUUACAUCGACGGAGAAGAUGAAACGCACUGUUUCACCACCGUCGUCGUGGGCCUCAAUCGCCAUCCAGAGUACUUCAAAGAGCUGACGAUCGAUCCUUCGCAUUCCGAGUAUUCCAUGUCCGAUUUCCGGAGGUUCCUAAGAGACACAUACUCGCUGAGAAACGCCGCCGUGAGUACCGGAGAGAGUCUGCGGCGGAGGCCACGGAUGCUGAUUAUAUCGAGAGCCAGAUCGCGAGCGUUCACGAACACCGACGAGAUCGCGAACGCGGCGGGAGAAAUCGGAUUCGAAGUCGUGGUGGCGGAAGCGAACACAGGCGUCGCGAGUUUCGCGGAGACGGUGAACUCGUGCGACGUGAUGCUCGGCGUUCACGGCGCGGGGCUGACGAACAUGGUGUUCCUGCCGGAGAACGCGGUGGUGAUUCAGAUUCUUCCGAUCGGUGGAUUCGAGUGGCUGGCGGAUACGGAUUUCGGGAGGCCGGCGAAGGGGAUGAAUCUGAGGUAUUUGGAGUACAAGAUCGCGGCGGAGGAGAGCUCGCUUGUGCGGCAGUACGGACGUGAUCACGAGGUCGUUAGAGAUCCAUCGGCGGUUGCGAAAGGUGGGUGGACGGCGUUCAAGGCAGCCUAUUUGGUAGGGCAGAACGUGACCGUUGAUAUAAACCGGUUCAAGCCGGUUCUUGCCAAAGCUUUUGAGUUAUUGCAGAGACGACAGUCGGUGUAAAAUAAAUAUUUACUGCAUUUUUACUCUAAAUUCUUGUAGUCGUAUCUUACAAUACUAAAAUGGUUUAAUCAUCAACCCUUAGCAUGUCCAUGUCAUCUUAAAAUAACUAAUCAUAUGCUUUUUGUUUU